UACGGGAAGCUCCCUGAGGCUCCUCCUGGCACUUGGGAUCCUUUCGUGGGAGGAGCCCCGGGUUUCAGGACAGUGCGGUGGGCCCCGUUUCCAUGGAAACGGGCGACAGAAGGUACUUAAGCAGCAGCCGCCUCACUAGAAGGAAAGGAGCAGUUCCCCAGGGUAGUAGUAAACCAUCUCACCUCCGCCACGAAGGGAAAGGGGUGUUCUCAUUGGAUUGGCAGGGAUAAAAUACAUUGGAAACACGGGGAAAAAGAAGUAACAAUUAAAAAAAUAUCUCAGAUGUGAGAGGGGCUGAGUGACACCAAACAAUGCCUAUGCCGAGCAACAGAGCCAGGAUAGACCACGGAAGGAUGCAGAAGGUACAGCAGACUUUAUCAGAGUUUCAUCUCCGGAAAGAAGAGCUCUUGGAAGUGAAACGGCGAAUACAGCAGGAGAUGGAGAAAGGCCUUAAGUUGGAAACUCAUAAUACAGCCAGUGUGAAGAUGUUACCUACUUAUGUACGUUCAACUCCAGAUGGCUCAGAGGUGGGUGAUUUCCUGGCACUGGAUCUAGGAGGCACAAAUUUCCGUGUGAUGUUGGUGAAAGUAGAAGAAGAUGAAACUAAAAGUUGGAAAAUUGCUACCAACAACCAAAUGUAUUCCAUUCCCACUGAUGUUAUGACAGACACAGCAGAAAUUCUCUUUGAUUACAUUGCUGAGUGUAUUUCCAAAUUCCUGGAUCAAUACAACAUGAAAGACAAGAAGUUGCCUCUUGGAUUUACAUUUUCAUUCCCAGUCCGACAUGAAGAUAUUGACAAGGGGAUCCUUCUGAAUUGGACCAAAGGAUUUAAGGCAUCAGGAGCUGAGGGAAACAAUGUGGUAGGACUGCUUCGUGAUGCAAUUAAAAGGAGAGGGGAUUUUGAAAUGGACGUGGUUGCCAUGGUGAAUGACACAGUUGCAACAAUGAUUUCUUGUUACUACGAAGACCACAGCUGUGAGGUUGGAAUGAUAGUAGGCACUGGCUGUAAUGCAUGCUACAUGGAGGAAAUGAAAAAUGUGGAGUUAGUGGAAGGAGAAGAAGGAAGAAUGUGUGUGAACACAGAACUGGGAGGGUUUGGGGACACGGGCGAGCUUGAGGAGUUCCGCCUGGAAUAUGACUGCAUUGUUGACGAAACGUCUGUCAACCCAGGGUAUCAGCUAUAUGAGAAGAUUGUUGGUGGGAAGUAUAUGGGUGAGCUUACACGACUUGUGUUACUGAAGCUGGUAAAUCAAAACCUGCUCUUCAAUGGAGAGGCAUCUGAGCAGCUAAAAACACGAGGGAGCUUUGAAACAAGAUUCCUCUCACAAAUAGAAAGUGAUACAGGUGACCAGAAGCAAAUCUAUAAUAUACUGACUACACUAGGUUUGAUGCCCUCCAAGGUAGACUGUGAUAUUGUCCAUUUGGCAUGCACGAGUGUGUCAACACGGGCAGCACACAUUUGUGCAGCUGGAUUGGCAGGUGUCAUAAAUCGGAUGUGGGAGAACAAGAACAGAGGAAUGAUGAAGAUCACAGUUGGAAUUGAUGGAUCAGUUUACAAGUUACAUCCUCACUUCAAACACAGGUUUCAUGCGAUGGUUAGAGAACUUGCACCCUACUGUGACAUCACUUUCCUUCAGUCCAAUGAAGGCAGCAGUCGAGGGGCGGCACUGAUCUCUGCAGUGGCAUGCAAGAUGGCCAGUUGAUUGUCCAGUAACUUUAGAAAUCAGUGACUGAAUCCAGUCUGCUAUAUCUGCAGCAUUUAAUGGUCUGAAUAUAGUGAAUUCCUUUUGAAUGGAAAGACUGGUAAACAUACCUCAGUCAAUCUAUUUGAUUGAAGCUUGGAACUUCAUGUCAAGUGGAAAAUUAUAAGUCAAAGGUGGAUAUUUUAAACCCUUGCUUCAAAACAGUGCCUUAAAGGUUACUAACCUCACCCCUUUCAGAACGUUUCCUUCAGCCUCUUGACAAGGAUUAGUGUUCAUAACAAUACCUAUCACCAGAUCUCCUAUUCCAUAGCAAUGUUCUGAUCAACUUGACAUGAAGAUAAAAUGAAGGAUUGUAGUAAGGGUUAAAUGAUUCAGUCCAAAUGAAGGGCUUCAAACCAAAUAAAAAGUGUCUGUCCAUUUCCCUCUCUAGAUGAUCUGCUGAGUUACUCCAGCUUUUGUCUGUUGCUCCAAAUUCCAGCAUCUGCAGUCUCUUGUCUCCAAAGAUGGUAGUAAUGUUGAAUAACACUUAUAUUCUGUUUGCUUGAUCUCUAAACUGUAGGACAGUACCAGAGAAGAAAUGAAACCAACUAGAAUUCAAUUUCUGUAACUCCUUCUGAUAUUUGUGGGAGUUGCAAGCUUGUAAUGCCAAACAGGUCUUCAAGUGUAUCUCAGAUCUUGAUGGAAUGACAUUGUGGCAGAGAUUACAACCCUUCACAAUGUAGUUAAUGAUCUUACCAAUGGAAUUAUGUACUAAGGUGUUACUUUACUUUUUAUUUGCAUAAUAAGUUAUUGGUUACCUGGCACAUGUCAAUUUGUAAUAUGACAUAAAGCAAACUCUUUUGUUAAAUUUAAUGUUUUGACUCAUAGAAAUGUACAGCACAGUAAAAAGCCCUUUUGACCAGUUUGCCCAUGUUGUCCAACUGGGGCAAACUCUGUGGCUUACACUAGGUCCCUACACCUCUAUAUCUUUCCUAUUUAAGUACCUGUCCAAAUGCUUUGUACUCUAUAUGUCUUCACCAUCUCCUCUAGCAAGCUGCUAGGGAAAUCUUACUCCUCUACUUUAAAUUUCUCCCCUUUCACCCUAAACCUGUGUCCCCUAGUUUUAGACCACCCUACACUGUGGAAGAGAUUACCAUCUAUCCCAUCAUAAAACCCUACAAAUUCACCUGCAGAUAAUCCUAACUACGCCUUUCCAUUGCAGGCAAAAUGCUAGUGAAUCUCCUCUGCAUUUUCUCUUUUGUUGCCAAAUCAUUCCAGUGGUGAAUUGAUUAGAACAAUAAACAAUCUGAAUGCAGUUUAAUCAAUGUUUUGUACAGUGGCAACAUGACUUCCUUAUGUUCCCUAAUCAAUAUCAUCUGUUAAUCAAGUUUCCCUAUUAACUACCAUUUUUUCUUCAGGGAAAUACUGACUCUGAACCCAUUUAUCAGCUCUGUUUCUUUCCCUUUUAGCCUAUCUUCACCGAGUACAUUAUUGACUCUGCCUUUUCGCUAUUUCAGAUCUUAUCUCAAAGACUAACUUUAUCUUUUCUCCAUGAAAAUCUUGAAGGUGGAAAAAUAUAUCAAGAAAUUAUGUUUGGAAAAUGCCACAAAAACAUUUGGAAUGUCCAUGCUGUGUUUUCCUUGAUUCCUAAAUUUUACAGAAAUCCAGUGCUGUACAAAGCCAGAUAAAGUUUUCAAAAUAAGUUUAGAAUACAAAGCUAUCCACACAUAACGAUGAUGUCUUCAACAAAGAGAAUUGCUCCCCAAUUCCAAAUAAUGCUUUUCAAGAAAAACAUUCUCUUGGCACAAAUUCAACUUUACAACAACUUGCAUGAAUGUUUCUGCAGGAUUUACUAUAUUCCACUAUAUCUAAAGCUGGUAUGAUUGUGAAAUUCUUUGUUCUGAAACAGUGAUGGACAAGUUUUUUUUAAGGAGAAGACAGAUUUACAAUCUAAAGCAAUACCCAGCAAAACUUAUGAGAAACCUGUAUUUUUUAACCUUAGUUCUCAGCUUCCUCACUCUACAUAACCACUUGCCCUAGUUCUCUGCUUUCUCACCAUCACUACUCCAGUCACCACUGUCUUGCUGGUUCAUCUUGCCAGACUUGUGGCUGUUGUAACUGUGAACAAAGUCACCAGAUAGACUCAUAAACACAAAGUACACUGCAGAUGCUGUGGUCAAAGCAACACAUACAACACGCUGGAUGGUGCUGUACGCAUUGUACAUGUUACCAGAUAGACUCAGCUGGUAGAAAUAAAAGUAUUUGUUUGUGACACACACAAGCUGAUAGUCUUUGGAGUCGAGUGACAGACUCUCCAAUGUAACAUUACAGCGCAUUUUUAUAUAUUAAAGAACAAAGGUAAUGAUGGUU